GGACUUUUAAAAAUCCCUGUUCAUGCCUAACAUGUGGACCACUCAAGUGCCACAAAACCAGGCUGCAAAGCAGGGGCUUACUAUUCCCCACAACCCUGAGGGAAAGGCUUUAGGUUCCAUCCUGGGAGGUCCUUGUACUUUAGUCUUUAUCGUCUUGUCCAUUGUGUGACAUCGUGACAUUGCUCAAAUUGCCUCCAAGUUCACAGCUGUUUCUUCAGAAAUGGGGAUGGCUGUGAUAAACUUGAGUGUGUGUCCCUUGAUCAGGUGCUGCUGCUAUCUGCUACAGCUGCUUGUGACUAUGAAGAAAUUCUUGCCAAAUCAUAUUAAAAUAGGCAGGUAUUAAGGAAAAUAUACAUUUCCUAUUAAACAUAAAGGAAUUUUCUUCGUUAUUCAUAAAGUGUUGUGAGAUCUUAAGAAUUUUUACAACCAAAGCCAAAAUUCCAUGUUGUUCACACAUAUAGUCCUUUAUCUUUCACAAAAUUGUAAAUUAUCUCAGGACAAAGCAUAUAUAUUUUUUCUCCUUUUCUCCACUUACACAGUAAAACAAAACAGCUAGGCUCUCACACUCUUAACAGGCACUCAGAAUCCUGGAAACUGUCAUCACACUACUUGUAUACACUGUCCACCCUCCACAGCGGGGCUCAUUUUACUCCUUGAUCAGGGCCUUCGGGAGCGUGGCUGCUGGUUGUGCAGAUGUCUGUAUGUCAUUUCAGGGGUCAGUGACAUUCAGAGAUGUGGCCAUAGACUUCUCCCGGGAGGAAUGGGAAUGGCUCCAGCCUGCUCAGCGGGAUUUGUACAGACAUGUAAUGUUGGAGAACUAUGGCCACCUGGUCUCACUGGGUCUUAACAUUUCUAAGCCAGAUGUGGUUUCCUUAUUGGAGCAAGGGAAAGAGCCCUGGCUGGGGAAAGAUGUGAGCAGAGAUGUGUUUUCAGCUUCAGAGUCAAAUGGUGAGAUCAAAGAGUUUUCUCCAAAAAAUGUCAUAUAUGAAGAUGAUUCAUCCCGGUAUUUGAUAAUGGAAAGAUUUCUAAGGCAAGGCCCUGAGUAUUCCAGUUUUAAAGACGGCUGGCAGUGUGAGGGUGGUGCUGAGAUGCUGCAGGGAAAUCAGGGAUAUAUCAGGCAAGUAACUGUUUCCCAUCAAGACGCCCUUUCUCAACGUAUGAAUGUCAGUGCUGUGGAGAGACCCUAUGGAUGCCAUGAAUGUGGAAAAACUUUCAGUCGGCGCUUUUCCCUUGUGUUACAUCAGAGAACUCAUACUGGAGAGAAACCAUAUGUGUGUAAAGAAUGUGGGAAAACCUUUAGCCAGAUCUCAAACCUCAUAAAACAUCAGAUGAUACACACAGGAAAGAAACCCCAUGAGUGUAAAGACUGUAAUAAAACAUUCAGUUACCUUUCAUUCCUCAUUGAGCACCAGAGGACACAUACUGGGGAGAAACCCUAUGAAUGUACCGAAUGCGGAAAGGCCUUUAGCCGUGCCUCGAACCUCACACGACAUCAGAGAAUUCACUUAGGAAAGAAACAGUAUGUAUGUAGGAGAUGUGGGAAGGCCUUUAGCAGUGCCUCUGAACUCAUUCGCCAUCAGAUCACACACACUGGAGAGAAACCUUACGAAUGUGUUGAGUGUGGGAAGGCGUUUCGCCGUUCUUCACACCUUACCCGGCAUCAGAGUGUCCAUACCUCCAAAACACCCUACGAAUGUAACGAAUGCAGUAAAGCCUUCCGCUGCCACUCGUUCCUUAUUAAACAUCAGAGAAUUCAUGCUGGAGAAAAGCUCUAUGAAUGUGAUGAAUGUGGUAAAGUUUUCACAUGGCAUGCAUCCCUUGCACAACAUAUGAAAAUUCAUACUGGAGAAAAACCCUAUGCGUGUACUGAAUGUGACAAAACCUUUAGUCGGAGCUUUUCCCUCAUCCUCCAUCAGAUAACUCAUACUGGGGAGAAGCCCUAUGUAUGUAAGGUAUGCAAUAAGUCCUUCAGCUGGAGCUCAAACCUUGCUAAACAUCAGAGAACACAUACACUAGAGAACCCCUAUGAAUACGAAAAUUCAUUUAACUACCACUCAUUCCUUACUGAACACCACGGAAUUCAUACUCUAGAGAAAACCUGAGAAUGUAUGGAUUUUAAAAACAAAAAAGCAGCUAAUGCCUUACUUUGACUUCAGAGAACUCUUGGAAAGAAGCCUUAUGUGAACGUGUUGAUUGUGACGAAAUGUGGUCUAUGCUUUAUUCAGUAUUCUGGAGAAAAAACCCAGGAAUAUAUGGGAAAGCCAUUAAUAGCUGCUUAUUCUUCUUGUAGUACCAGAAGACGAAAUCAGUCAGUAUUGAGAAGACUCUUCAUCUGGUAGGAUUCCCUUAAUCCACAUUUGUAAAUUCCUACCAGGAAAGGAUACAUGUCCAGUAAAUGUGAGAAGACUUGUAGAGAUAAGGUCUCAUUCUGCAUCUGUCAGCUCAGGACAGGACAGAACGCAUGGGUAAGGGUGUACUUUUUCCUGGACAUCAAAAAAUCCAUAAUGAAGGAAAGUCAUAAAAACACAAUGAUUUGGGAAUGCCUCCACGUACCAUACAAUAUUUAUUAAAUUUUUAAAUACUCUUCUAAGGAGAAAAAGCAACCCUAUGAAUGAACUUAACAUAGGGUGACUUUCUGCAGUAUUUCAAACCCACAGAAUUAUCCUGGGGGAAAACUACCAUUGUAAUGAGUGUGGCAAAGUCUUAAGAGAGCUGAGAAGUUAUACUGGAGAGAAUCUGAGGAGGUUUUUUAAUAGGGGGAAUGUUUGUUUUGGUUUUGUUUUUGUUGUUUUGGGGUUUUUUUUGAAGUAAAUUCAGAAAAGCUAUGAAUAAAUCUUUUGAUGCAUAGUAAAUUAAUGUAGUGUUGGCUGAGUUUUUCCCCUACAGCAUGUGUGAUUCUGAAAAUGCAACUAUCACAAUAUCGACAUUAACGAUGAAGAGUAGUGUGCUUUUCUAAAAACAUUAUACAGACAUUAUUAAAGAGACAUAUUUAGAUAUAGUUUUAACUUUGAGACAGAGUUUGGACAUAAGGUUAUGCUAAUUCAUGUUUAACCCUGAAUCUGACUAGAAGUCUUAGUCUGAAAUAAAUGUAAGUAAGAUAUAUCCCAGGAAAAAGUCAAGGUUGUUUUCCUCUUUUGUUCCAUUUACAGUUAAGAACAUUUCUUUUGUAAGCACAUACUUGUCAGAAUAAAUCAGAUUAUGUUUUUGUCUCCAUGCACCCCUGCCCAUCCUUUAUCUUUUCAUUGUAAAGGUCACCUGUCUUUACCUUCUUAUUCUAAAGGUCACCUGUGUUUAUCUUCUCAUUGUAAAGGUCACCUGUGUUUACCUUCUCAUUUAAAGGUCACCUGUGUUUAUCUUCUUAUUGUAAAGGUCAUCUGUCUUCAUCUUAUUGUAAAGGUCACCUGUUUCUAUCUUCUCAUUGUAAAGGUCACCUGUCUCUAUCUUAUUGUAAAGGUUAUCUAUCUUUGAAGCAUCUGAUUGUCUCCUUUCAAGAACUUCUCUUGUGUUUAGUACAUGAAAUAUGUAAUUUAGCACUUGAAUAAAUGCCUCAUUUAAGCAUAUUUUUUCAUGU